AUGAAUUCACCAAUUGUGACUCUUAAUAUUGGUGAGUUAUUCAAAUAUAUACUUGAAUUUUUAAGAAAUAAUAAAUUGCUAAAAAGAACCCUUACCGAUAGGGCAUUACUCGAGGAGUUAUUACAAGAAGCCAAAUUUUAUUGUAUUGAAGGCCUUAUCAAUGAAAUAAAAUCUAAACUAUGUUCCACAGAAAGAAUAGAGCCCAUUCAGUAUUAUGUAUGCCUUCAUGAGUAUGAUCCUAUACAAAAUAGAAAAGAUCGAUAUAUGAAUUCUUCGUGCAGACAUUCGCAUAUUGAACUAGUAGGGGAUUAUGUUCCCUUUAUGGAAGUGUCAAAUAGUAUUCCUAUAGGUCCAGUAUUUGAUUCACCUGUAUUGUACAAAAAGAUUAAGAAAGAAGUAAUUAAAUGCUUCAGAUAG